AUGGAGGUCGAUGAAGAUAAAUGGGUUACAAAGGCUAUAGAAAAUGUUGAUAAAUAUCUUAACAGAGGUGGAGAACUCCAAGGCGAUAUUCCACAAUUUCUAGGAGGGUCAGAGCUACUUAACACAAUAGGUAUGGCUAUGGGUUUGCCUAUUUGCAAUCCAACAGAAUGGUCUCAGAAUGAAUUAGAGCGAGCACUUAACGGGCAACUAGUUUUCUUCAAAGGAAAAUCCUUAGAAGCUAUAAACGCCGUUGCUGAAACAAUUCGCAGUUGUUGCGACGGAGAUGAUAAGAAUUAUGUAACCGUAUUACCUAUUGAACUGUAUUUCAAAGGAAAAUUAUAUGAACUACCCAUAUUCAGAGUUCACAGAUAUCGUGAUUCAAAAAAGUACUAUGUUGACAAUACUGGGAGGUACUACGACAGCGUCACGGACACUCCACCAGCAAGAGUAGGACCUAAGACAGCGAGGGUUGUUGAUACUGUCAGUGCAGUCGCCGGGAUUUCUUCCGGCGUGGGUCUGUUAUUUGCAUCAGGUGGUUUAGCAGCUCCUUUUGUAGUAGCUGGAGUAGCUAGCGCAGUUUGGGGUUCCGCCCGAGCAUCCAAUACACUAUAUGAUAGAGCCAGCCAUGGAGAAUCUGUUAACCCUUUCACUAACUCCGAAUCAAGAAUGUUAUGGUUAGGUAUUGCCGCCAAUAUAGCUAGUUUUGGUGCUAUGGGCGCUACGAUGAGACUUACAUCACUGGCGGCGCGCGGCAGAGACGUAUCAAAUGCUUUAAGACUUUUCACAAAUAUUGCUAAUGGGACAACCCUAACACUAAGCACGUUAGCAAUUAUAAAUAAUAGCCUUUAUUUAAUACAGCAUUAUGAUGAGUUGUCAUCCAUCGAUGUUCUUAUGCAUUUAGCUUCUGUCGCUUUUUGGACAAAAGGUGUGUUUACAUACAAAACAGCAGGUACCUUAAUCAGAGAAGCAGAAAUACAGGCCUUUAACAAUAUUAACAAGGAACUUAGUCCUGAGGUGCAACGCGAAUUAAAUGAAGUGAGAGGCAGAGUUCAGAACGAUGCCAGUCUUCUUCGUCAGUUUAUUGCCGCUUCUCAAUCCCAAGUAUCAAUUCAAGAAUACUCACAAGCUUUAAUUGAUGGUAUGCAUUAUUACGAUACUGUAAGUAAUAUGAGCCCAGAACAAAUAGAAGCUUUCUCCAGUUUGCGAAAUGUUUUAAGUGAUGACAUGCACCUCAUUAGAGGACUUCAAAGAGUAUCUGAAGCGACAAAUUUAAAUAGACAGGGCACAGUCGAACUGGUUUUGGAUAUGUGGCAACGAUAUGCAGACACAAAUUUUGGCAACAGGGGUGACAUUACUUUGAGUGGAGGUAAUCUUGUCUUAGGAAGUGCUCCACCAAUUCGAAUUAAUCAAAUGCCAGAUUUGUCAGUUUCUAUGAUCCGUUUUUUCGGCGAGCAUUUAAGCAGAAUUGAUGGCACAACUACCAAUAAUUGGUCUGUUCCUGAUUUGUUAACACUCCAAAGCCGAGGCUUGUUUACAACUUGUCAAGCCACAGGUAUCUGCAGAAGUGGGCAUUCGACUAUAUCUUUAAAUGGUAAAUUGGAAAUAAGUGUUAAAAAAUUGCUGAGUUUGAACCCUGCUGUUUGUGAGCAAUUGUUUGGUAUGAUUUCUCGAUUAACGGAUACUCAGUGCAGCGCUAUUAAUAUACCACCUUAUCAUAAUCUACCUUCAGAUGUGGUCAAAUUAUGCGUUCGCGACCUCAGGUUACGGUUUGAGGUUCACAGAAGAGAAAGUGUGGAAUGGGCCACCAGAUGCGUAAGCAGUGAAGUUAGUUUACGUAAUAUUGUGCAGAGCGAUUUGAUGCCACACGAAAGGGAUCGACUUUAUACAUUUAGAGCGGACGUUGACAUAGUGAAAGCAGAUCUAUACAUGAACGAUUUAGUGAAGUUUGUCGCUGAACAGAACCCAAGAAAUGUAAGUGAAUUGGUUGCUUACAGCGAAUUUGUGAUGACGUACAUCGAAGACGUAGCAGGAAAUAUCCUUGAAGACCUUAACAAAGGUAGAAGACACCUUCCAGCUCAAAAGAAAAAGAAAAUUUGGAUACGAGAACAAGCCGCCCGUGAAGUAUUUGAAAACACGAGCGCCAUGACGCAGAAGUUAAAUGAUUUACUCAACAUAGUGUCAAAUACCGACAUGGUCGGUGUUCAGACGGUGGGAAGUGGCCUAUCUGACACAGAAUUGGUUGCAGCAAUCCGUUCAAAUAGAAUAAGGUUUGGUGGACGCAUAUCUGCUGCUUAUCACAUCUUUAAACAUAGUACGGAUCCGGUAACAGCAUAUGUGGACCAGGCCAAUAGCACCAUACGUUUAUCCGCCGAUCAGUAUACGGUGACUAUUGGACAAGAAGGCAACACCAGGCUAAUUUCGUUUACAGAUGAUAACGGCAGCUGUAUUGUUCUCGAAAGCAAUGGUCGCGUUUUACUCUGUAGCUUUAGAGCUGCUGGCAGACAAUAA